CAGUGCUGAUCAAGUGCGUCUGCCCGGAGGGGUGGAGAGGAGGGCAGAGACAGACAGAGGGCAGGACUGGCAGGGUGCGGUCUGCUUCAGUAGCAUCUGAUCUCGGGUCACUUCCAUUUCCAUCUCAACUGAGAGUCGUCACAGGGCAGCAUUCAAAAAUCAAGCCAGGAGCCAGAAACCGCUGCGGGGACACACUCUAACCGCGACUCUGCGCAACCAGGACCCGCCUGCAGGCGAUUCUCAGCGCGCUUGCCAAGAUAAACGGAACUUCUCUAUUUAUUCCCCCUGUCUCCGCUUGGACUGAGAGAAAGUGAGUUUUACAGACCUGAGAGAAGGACCAGCGAGCUGGCACCAACUCCGCCAACGAUUAAAAAAAAAAACGCCUAGGGAACCCUACGUGUCCGGUGCUUGGGUGUCUUUCCGUGCGCAAAAGGAUGGUGAGCGUCAGGUGCUCCGUACUAUCACCGUAAAGACUGGUCCUCCUCCCCCUCUGGUGAUCUUGCGUGGGGACAGAAACUGAGAUUGGGGGAGGAGGGUUGCUUUACCAUCAUCUUCACCAUCUUUGACACUCCAACUCUUGGAGUGCCCGGUGGCACCGGUUGGUAUGAGACUCUCCACUGCAGUGGCCCUCCUCACCGGGUUCAUCUUGACUUUCUCGCCGGCGUGUGACAGCUGUGGACCGGGCAGAGGUUACGGAAAGAGGCGGAAUCCAAGGAAACUCACGCCUCUCGCAUAUAAGCAGUUUAGCCCAAACGUUGCCGAGAAAACGCUCGGAGCCAGUGGGAGAUAUGAAGGGAAAAUAACGCGCAGCUCUGAGCGCUUUAAAGAACUGAUACCCAACUACAACCCCGACAUCAUCUUCAAGGAUGAAGAGAACACAGCUGCGGACCGCAUGAUGACGCAGCGUUGUAAGGACAAACUGAAUUCUCUGGCCAUCUCGGUGAUGAACCUGUGGCCAGGUGUGCGUCUGCGUGUGACAGAGGGCUGGGAUGAAGAUGGCCAUCACUCCGAAGAGUCUCUGCAUUAUGAGGGUAGGGCAGUGGACAUCACUACCUCUGACCGCGACCGCAACAAGUACGCCAUGUUGGCCCGUCUGGCAGUGGAGGCCGGGUUUGACUGGGUCUACUAUGAGUCCAAAGGCCACAUACACUGCAGUGUAAAAUCAGAUAAUUCGAUAGCAGCAAAAUCAGGAGGUUGUUUUCCUGGUGAGGCUUUGGUGACAAUGGAAGAUGGAAUGCAGAGACCAAUCCGUGAGCUUCGACCAGGCGACCGCAUUCUGGCUUCAACGGGAAGCGACGGGACUGGCGACCUCAUCUACAGCGAUGUCCUUACCUUCCUGGACCGCAGCCCCAUUACCCAGAAGUACUUUUACGUGAUAAGCACAGAGGAUGGGGCCAGUGUUUCCCUGACUGCGGCUCAUUUACUGUUUGUUUGUGGAAACUGCUCCAGUGGGGUCCAGUCAAUGACAGGCGCCCUCCGGACAAUAUUUGCCAGUGAUGCUCAACCAGGGCAGUUUUUGCUGAUUGUAAAUGAAGGGGAACUCAGGAAACGUGUUUCACGUAUCACUCAAAUAGAGGUGCGGGAGGACCAGGGGGCUUAUGCCCCACUCACUGUCCAUGGGACUUUGGUGGUGAAUGGCGUGAUGACCUCGUGUUAUGCGGCAGUAAACAGACAACAUCUAGCUCACUGGGCAUUUUCUCCUCUUCGUAUCUUGUACAGUUGGACUGGACCGGAUCUGAUCCAUAAGAGCGGCUUACACUGGUACUCUCAGGUCUUAGUCAGUGUGGGAACACUACUACUAGACUCAGAACUUCUCCACCCUUGGGCCUUAGAAGAUGAAGAUAGACAACCCUGAUAGCACACGUACAUCACCCAGACCUUUAUUUGACGUGUGUGUGUUUACAUCUGGAAGAUGUAUUUUUUGGGUUGUUUCCUCAUCUGCAAUAUGUCUACGAGACGUUUCCUCUCAGAUGUCAAUAAGAUAAGAAGAUGUCUUUUGAGACAUUUGUGAUUUAGAAUGUUUGUAAAUCUGAUCUUUUUAAGAUGUUUAGCUGAUGUUAAUUAGAUUGUGAAGCUUUCAAGAUGCAAAGAUCCAAAACGGACAUCUCAGAGAUAUAAGUGUGCUAUUUGGGAAUGGCUUCAAAAGAAAAGAGAGAGGUAAACAAAGCAAUGAAAAUGAAAGAUAGAGGGAUGGAAAUGGUUGAUAGCUCAGGGUUACCGACUCAGUUCUAAUACAAAAUGAGAAGCAAAACAGAGACAUUUUUAGAGACUUCAAAGUUGAAUAGUGUAAUUUAUGCACCAAAAAUAUAAUGUACUUUCCAACUAGUUUUGCAAAACACUUCCCCUGUCUUCUAUUGAACUACCAAACAGAUAGGCCCGCCCCCAAACUCGCGGCAUUGGUUAUUAUGCCAAUGUUGGUUUGUCGACCCUGUCAGGACGUUCAAACAGCAAUGUUUUGGUGGUGCAUGCAGAGCCACAGUAUUUAAACUUUUCAGAAGAAUCAACCUACAAAUGGCUGGCUAAUAGUUGUCUAUGUAUUUUAAGCUGGGACAGGAAAAAGUAUUUUAACAUACUCAGCUCUCAUCUUGUUUUUUGCAAUGAUUGUGUGAGAUCACACAUUGCUUGUGCCUUAUGUUUAUUUCUGACGCUUUUCUCUUAAUCUAGUCUCUUACCUCUGAUUGUCAUUAGAGGUAGAUUUUAGACUGUACAACUAAUUUAAAAAAGUACUUUGUAAUA